AUGUCCAGUUCCGUAAGUGGGGUAUUUGGCGGUGCAAAUGGACUUUUGGAAGUUUAUGUUAGCAGAGCCCGAGAUUUGCCAAACUUACGAAAGCUCGAUAAGCAAAGUCCCUUCGUGCGCUUAAGGCUGUCACAUAUGACUGAAACGUCUGAUGUUGUCUUCAGGGGAGGCCAGACCCCGAAAUUUGAUUUUUAUUCCAAGUUUGAUCUGACGCCAGAUGUUAAGCCUGCUCUCACAGUUGAACUAUUCGACGACAGAUCGCCUCCCAAAUUGAUAGGGCAAUGCACAAUAGACGUAACACCAGCUCUAUAUAAGGAUCCUGAAGAUGGUCACGAUGAUUGGUUCCAACUUUUUUUUGCAAAUGCUGAAGCUGGUCAAGUCUAUGUCGAGCUGACAUUCCAUCCUCUAAUAUCGACGUCACGACUACAGAGAGACAAUGCACAUGAUGCUAGUAACUUGGACCAGGCAAUCCAAAAUAGGCCUGCGCCGCCCCUUCCGGCCAAAGUUCCUUCCUUCCAGUUGGGUGCCUCCUCGCAAUUGUCGGCGCUCUCGAACCACAAAGGUUACUCCCAUGGGUCUGACCUACGAAAUUCCUCAGCAGCCUCGACAUUUGAUGUACAAUCUUCAAACUCAAGCCCCAGUUUAAGACACCCAGUUAAUUUCAAUGCGUCUUUAACGUCAAAUGGAACGUAUGGCUCACAUUUGACAACCGAUUCGCAGGAAAGCCACGCAACAGCGAAUACUGCUACUACGGGCGGCACUGUGGGAACCACAGAGCCAUUGUUUGCCAAACUGAAGCAACUUAAAGAAAAGUGGAAAUCUAUGAAAAACCCGUCCUCCGAUCAAUUGGACAACGAGAAAACGGUUGAUUUGGAAGCACUGCAAAAGGCCGUCGGCGUUGAGCUCGACGACUAUGACCGUGUUGAUAACUUUAGUAGACAUUCAAGCCAACAAACCCUAGGAUCUUCCAAACUAGCAACUCAACCACCGCUGCCACCUCUACCUGUUCAAGGGUCCAGGAGAAGUAGCAUCGAGCAUAGCCCGCGAUUAGAAAGCGGCUUCACUUCAAAUGCUGGGAGAAGCUCACCGCGCCUACCACCCCUUCCAUCCAGUCCUUCUUUGCGGCCUGGUUUAAGAUCAAGGCAUGCAUCCAAUUCACCUACAAGACGAAGGCCACCUCCAAUGGGUUAA